GGUUAGUUGGGGCAAAACGUCAAAGUCGUGCAUCACAUUUUCAUUGAAAAAUUGCAGAAAAAUCUAAUGUUUUAUUUGUGCAAAAACUGACGAUAAAUCCAGGCAAAAGAUGGCUCACGGCGAUGCGACGAACAACCUCUACUUCUAUGAGGACGAGGUGUACCGGAUUGAUCAUCGUGGCCGCGUGAAGUUUGGCCUCGUGAUGGAGAACUUCGAGGGCACUCCGUCAGACACGGAGGAGUUUGCCUUGACCAAGGGCGAGGUGCGGAUCAUCUGGCAUCCGGACGGCAAGGAGCAGGUGCUCAACGAGAGCCAGGUGGGCCUCGCGGACAGAACACUGAUGCCGGGCGACGUGGUGAGGCGGUUGGUGCCGGGCAAAGACACCCAGCAUGGCUACUGCCAGGAAAUCUCCGUCCGGGCGGAUGUUAAGGUCGUGGGGUCGCGCUUUGUCAUCAAGAACAUCAACGCGGAGCGACUCCGGCCACUGGUGACGGUGUUCCGGGACAAUGCUGUGUGCCUGGACUCGUGGGUGGGCAGCACGAAGUCCGUGAACGAGAAGUUGGUGCUGAGGUCUGCUUGUGGAUCAGUGCUCGAGAUGCGCCCAGAGCCGGACUACUGUCCACUGAAGGAUGCCGAGAGCAAAGGCAGGAAUGGCUUGUUCUCCAGCACGCUCUUCUACCCAGGCCAGGUGCUCACGGGUCCCGUGAGCGCGCUGGACAACGCCAAGUGGCUGGUGACAUCGCACGAGAUGCGCUCGAGCCGGAAGCACAAGACGUGCGAUCGGAAGUUCGUGGUGCAGACGGUGGAGCUCGAGGGCGUGCUGGUGAACUGGCAGUGCAAGGCGUUGAGCGAGGAGAACGGCGUCGCCGGGAUUCAACAGCCGAAGCGCUAUGUCACUGGCGAGGACCUGAAGCGCCUGAAGCGGCUGAAUCUCUUCGAGUCGUGCAUGCUGCAGAUCAACGACAAGAGCCACCUGAAGAUCGCCGAGGGAGACGCAAUAGUGCGGAAGUCGCAGUGGAAGCGCGAGCAGUGUGGCAAGUUCAAGAUCAUCCAGCAGCAGCAGAGACGGGACGAGGUCAGACUGCAGCGGCCAUGUGAUACAGUUAAACUAACUACAACCGAAUGUGAUUUAGAUAAUACGACAAACACCGUUAUUGAAUGUGAUAGGAGCAAGUUGUGCCCGGACGCGAAGGAGAGAAAUGAGACUGCCGUGCCAUGUGACGAGUGGCAGACGGACAACGAAGAGACAGACUCACGGUCGGACAGUGAGAGUGUCACCACGCUAUCCUCGUGCUCCAGCAAUACGCCCAAGGGCAGCCCGAAGCGCUCUCCGCUGCUGGCGAAGAAGCUGAAGCGCUUCCGGAAGCGUCGCACCACGCCGGCCGUGGAGGCGCAAGUGCCGCAGGUGGGGCAGGAUCGCGUCACGGAGGCUCUGGUGGUGUACAGCACGGUGACGGUGGUGUGGCAGGACGGCACCAUCGAGCACGGCAUUCCAUCCACACAACUCUACCCUAUUCACUACCUCGACGACCACGAGUUCUUCCCCGGUGACUUCGUGCUGUCCGGGAAUGAGAACGACGAGAUCUACCGGCGGGACUACGGCGUGAUCCAGACUGUGGAUCACUUUGGACGCACCGCGCGCGUGAAGUGGUUCCGCACGUACACGUGCGUAGAGGAGCCCACGCCCAAGUACAUGGGUGAAUCCGAGGUCAGCGUGUACGAUCUGAAAGACCACCCGGACUUCCAGUAUCGGCCCGGCACGAUUGUCAUCCGCGUGGCGAAUUUUGUGGGCGAGGAUGCGACGUGCACGGCGGGCCAGGUGGUGGACAACUAUCCGGAAGGGCGUGUGAAAGUGUGGUGGGUGGAUGGACACCAGAGCAUGUGCUGGCCGCAGGAUCUCUUCGAGGUGGGACAGUACGAGACGGGCAGCGCGCUGUGGGACAAUGACGACUCGGAGAAUUCCUGGGAGACAGAGAGCGAGGUGAGCGAAUUGGGUGGCUCUCCCAUGAAUGAAAUCUCCAAGCCAAAACUCGUCCACAAUCUGGAGCGUGCCCGCAUCGCAAUGGCACGCCUGGAGGAGCUCUUCAACAUGAAUCCCGCGCUGCAGAAUCAAUCGGUCAUGCGAACUCUUUUGGGUGUGUACAAGAAGUGUCGCUUCCUGGAUCGUCUCAUGAAGACCACUUUCUUCCAUGAGAGUCACUUCAUGGGCCUCUUGGAAAGGGUUCGCCGUGGAAGUUCUACGGCUGAGCGCGUGCAAGAUCAGGUCAACAGACUAUUUACACCAUCUUCACCGCCAAAGAGUGUCGGAGUGGCUGAGAUACUGAGUCCAAUGCCCAGGGAAGAGUUGCCUCAGAUUCCCGUGAUGAAGAAGAACUCCUUGCAAGCGGCUAAGUCACAGUCACAGAGCCACGAUGACUGCAGCAGCUUCAGCUCAACCAGCAAAUCUCUGGGAUCUUCGGGUGUGGACACGAGUCGUAUGUCAGGGUCGCCAAUGAAGAAUGCCAGUCAUCUCUCGUCGUCUGCAGAGAACUGGGAUUCCAGUGAGCACGAUUACCACACGAAGCUCAUCAGCUGUGUGGUGACCAACAUCGACAUGGCCAUGCAGGAACCAAAGCUGUCUGCCAGUCACAGUGGGCGGAUGAAGGAGUUUCAUGAUUCGGGAGCCUUUUCUCGGACUGAGGGCGCCGAGGGUGGCAGCUCUAUUGACACGUGCGUCAGUUCUUACAACGAUCUCACCCUUUCAGCCAAUGGUUUCCUCAAGACGGACGAUGAUCUCAAGUCUCAGUCCUGCACCAGCAUUGAGUUGGUGGAUGAAGUGCCAGAUUUUGUGUGCGCCAAGCUUUGCGCUCUGCUAAAAGCUAAACUGGUCAUUGCAUUGCAAGAAAUGAACAACCGCUUCAGUCAACCCGCGAAUGGUCUCAGCGAAGUGAUCGUCGAGGAGUGCGAAAUUUGUAUGCCAGGAAACGAUGUUGUCACUCAAGCAAGUCUGGAUGGGGAGAUUUCCUGUGAUGAAUCAAUGGUUGCGGUUGAAGAUCUGAACUGUUCGAUGAGCGAUAGUGAAGUGACUGCAAUGUCAACAGUCCCGGUGCCUUCUGAUUGCUUUGUCAUCCUCGAUUCUGCACCAAACACGCACAAGUACCAUCUGACUAUUUUCCAUCCCACGAAUCCUCAGCAGUUCUUCCGGGCUGUCCAGAGAGAGCACAAGUUGCUGAGGACAGCACUGCCUUCAGGCGUUUGGGUGCGGGCCUUCGAGGACAGAGUUGAUCUCUUCAGUGUGAUGAUUGAGGGUCCGAAGAACACACCCUACGAAGACGGAAUGUUCUUAUUUGACAUCCAACUGAGCGAUGAGUAUCCUCUAAUGCCGCCACUCUGCUACUACAUCAGCUACUGCUCAGACCGUCUCAAUCCCAAUCUGUACGAGGAUGGGAAAGUUUGCGUCUCAUUGCUGGGCACGUGGUCAGGACGUGGAUCUGAAACGUGGGGCCCUGAUAGUUCGCUUCUGCAAGUGAUUGUGUCAAUUCAAGGAUUAAUCCUGGUUGCUGAGCCUUACUAUAACGAAGCCGGAUAUGAGAAGCAGAAGGGCACCCAACAAGGCAUGGAGAAUUCGCGAAUGUACAAUGAGAUGGCAGUCAUAAAGCUGGUGCAGUCAAUGACAAAACUAAUGUGUUCACCGCCAGCGAUCUUCAAGGAGCAAAUUGUGCGGCAUUUUGAAGAAAAAGGUUUCGCCAUGUACGAGAGAAUUAAGAGUUGGCUGGAUUUGUCCAUGGAGAUUGAAAAAUCAACGGCUAAAGUUGAUCCUGCAAAAUUGGACGUAGCCAAACCUGAUUUUCCAUUAAUUCCGGCAAGUCGUGGCUUUUGUCUCACACUAGUGAACUUACUAGAGAGUUUUCGGAAGAAGUUAGAGACGAUACGUGAGCAUUAACCAAUUUUGGUCCAUUUGAAGCCCACCUUUUUAUUUACCGUAAAAAUUCGUAGGUGAUAGUGAAUUGAAGGACACAAGAAAAUGAAAAAAAAAAUAUAUAUAUUUCUAUACUUGAAGGAUAAAGAAAGGAAAGAAAAACAUUACGAUUAUAAAACCCACUUUUUGGCAUUCCACGAUGAAUUGCAUUCAUCAUUAAGCUUCCCUCCAACACAUGUGAAGUAAUAAUUGCAAAGAAUUUAGAAAUAUAAUAUGCAAUAUGAUUAUAGUGAAGUGAAAAAAAAACAUUAAAAGUCGUUCUGAAAUUUUUAGAUAAUAAAUUGAAUUGUUGAAAUUUGAAUUACAUAUACAAAAAAAGACAUAUAUGAAGAAAAAGAAAUUAUUGUAUUGGAAGAAUAACAUGAAUUCUUGUUGCCGUCCCAAGGAUUUCCUCAUUUCUCAUCAUUGUACAUUGUUUCCUAUCAUUUUGUCUUUUAAUUUUAAGAGAUUUAGGUGUUUUUAUGUAGAUACAUUAUGUAUAGUUGUUAAUCUCUAAUUUUUUUCACUACGAUAUACAUAAAUACAAUUACGUUAUACUCAGUAAUAGUAGUUAAUAGUGCUAUUGAUAGAUUGUAGAAGAAGACAUUUAAGAAUCCUGCAUUGAAGUUUACAUGUAAUCAUAUUGACUGAAUUUACUACUUUCUCUAAGUUAACAUGGAUUUAUUUGCUAGGCCCUAGCGAAAAUGAUAGCACAAAGCUCAAACUUCUUAAACUACAUGAUAAAUAAUAAUUUACAUAACAAUACACACAAGAAAGAGAGAGAAAGAGAGGGAGAAGAAGAAGAAAACUUAGUCAUGUUGCUUUAAAAUGAAAAUAAUGAUGUCAAAGAAAAUAGAAAACGGUUUUAACUGUUAAUAUAGAUUUAGAAAGAAAGAAAUCCAGUAGAAAUAUGACAAAAUAUUCAAUAUUUCGCGUGAUCAAUCAUUAUUAAAUUCCUUCUAAUCUGCCUGUCAAGUACUUUUUUCCAGUUUAAUUGUGCAUAAUUUGAAUAUAUAAUAUGUCACGAGAAGCAAAUGAAAAAAAAAAUCUGAUAUUUAAUCAAAUGCGGUGCCUCAUGAAUUACAUAAGUAUUGUAAGGAAACUAUGCGAUGAAAAAUACUCUGUAAAAUAUGGGUGGAUGAGAGGAGAAUAAAAUAAAAUUGAGAGAGAGUGAGAGGAUGAUCUUAAAAUAUUUGAAAAUCUACAACAUGAGAGUAAUAAUAAUGCAUUUAGUUUUGUUGAAAUAUUGUGCUAAAGAGUCCACACAAUUCCUAUAUUUGAAA